AACUGUGCAGGAUACAAUGAUCCCUUACAACUUGAGAUACAGUAUCAUCAAGGUGAAGAUAUUUGAUGAAUUAUGCUUUAACCUAGAACCAUACUGAAUAGAUUCAGUGGAGGAUAGUACAUCCAGUAUGACACCAAGACCAGUUGGUGAUGGUGGUUCCUCAGUUCUUGUGAUUGUGGUACCUGUAUCAGCUGCUGGGACACUUCUUGUCAUCACAAUAUCUGUUGUACUCAUUGUUUUGCUUAAAAGGACACGUAGUACUAAUAAAAACAGACAGCAGGAGAAGUGUGAUGUGGUGGAGAACUCUGCUUAUGGUGUCCAUGUUCGAGGCUCAGCUGGUGAUAGACUGGAGCCAGACUACAACAUGGAGAACAACCCACUGUAUGAGAUGAGGAUACUGUCAAAUGAGGGAUACUCACACAAGACUCAAACACCAGCUCCAGUCCCAGUGUAUGAGACUGUUGACAGUGCUGCUCCUUAAGUUUAUGAGGAAAAAAGGCGGAAAUUUUACCAUGUUUACCCUAUACAUGCUAUCGCAGUAGCUACACUUUGUUUUCGGUUUUCGCUUGUGAC